AUGUCAGCAUCACCGAUAGCUAGGCAGGCAACACACAGCCAAGCAAUUCCUUCAAGAAGGGUCCUCAUCACAGAUCCAGCGCAGAUGCCUGAUGUUUACUCCAGUACACCUGGUGGCACAAUUUACUCCACUACUCCCGGAGGUACCAGGAUAGUGUAUGAGAGGUCAUUCAUGAUGUCGCUCCGACAGUCUCCGAUCUCACAAACUCCGCCUAAGUGCAACUUACCAGCAGCACUGCUGAGGAACCCAGGUUCGGUGUCGCAAACACCUACCACUCCUACUCAGAAACCUCGCUCCAAUUCCAUCUCCUUCGAUGAGUCGCAGGAGACCUUUAGCAUGGAUCUCUAA